GAAUGUCUCAUCUCAAUAUUGAUAUGAAGAAGAAUUCGAUGAGGAAGAACAAGAAACUGGUUAUUAAUAUUGCUUCUAGGAAGAAAGAAUUUGAAGCUAAUCAUCAGGAUCUUGGUUCUUCAAUAAAAGAUGAGAAAAAGAGGUUAAUUGAAUCAUCAGAGAGACGAAGAGAUGUGUUUGAUCAAAGGGUUUGUUCUAAACCUGAUGAAGAGAUCGAUCAUCAUGGUUCCCAUGAUCAUUCUAGGGUUGGAGACGGAGUGAUGCGUGAGGUUGAUGUCGGUACAGGAUUAUCUGGCGCGUUAAAGCUUCUCAGAGAGCAAGGAACUUUCAAGGAGAUCAAAAGCAGCAGCAAGCACCAUGUACGUGUUAGAGACAUUAAUCAUGGUAAGGAUAACAGAUUUAAAGAUGCGUUUAAGGAUAUUAGGAUUGAUAGGGUGGAUGAAUGUGGCAGGAUAAUGACUGAAAAAGAAGCGUUUAAGAAACUUUGCCAUGGAUUCCAUGGGAAGAAACCUGGGAAGAGGAAGCAAGAGAAACGGAUGAAGAAAUAUGAAGACAGCUCAAGAAAUAUAUUGGAGUCUUCAGAUAGAGCUGUGGAAAGAAUGAGACAGGUUCAUGCCGAGUUGAAGAGUCCGUACAUUUUUCUCUAAUCUUUAAAGUCUCUUUCGAUUCAUAUGCUUUUACAAUAGCUUUUAGACUUGGUAUUUUGCAUGAUGUUUGAAGAUUACAUUGCAUGUUUUUAAUUACAUCAAAACUACAUUGUUUCUCUUUUAUUUUUGUUCACUAACAUUUUUUGCAUUUUUCUUUGAUGUUUUUAUUUUCGACUGUAUCAGGGAAUUAAUUCAAUGCAUCAUCCCAUGUAGAGACGGUUCCUCCAUCUUCCACGAAGACUCAGCUAUGUAGUGAGAACCUUAGGGACAACUUCAGUGAAUUGCCUGAGAGCAUUCUUAACGUAAUUCUGAGUCAUCUUACAACUCUGGAAGCUGUUAGGACCCUGUUUUAUCAAAGGCAUGAAGCCAGAAAGGCACUUCCUCAAGUCGGCACCCAUACUCUGAGGCCCGCGUUUCCUUGUUAGUCACGUCAACAUUUCAUCAUCUUAAUGUGUUUUGAUUCUCUCAGUAGAACUUUAAUAUGCAUUUGUGUGGGGUUCUCUGUUUAAUAAACGAAUAUGCCUUUUGGACAAGCUAAAGACAUACACGAGUGUGAAUGUGCCCUUAACCACAUGCAACUUCUUGUGCCACUCCCACUGGACCACUAUACCAUGCAUUAUUUAUUUGGAUGAUGCAGCAUCCUCUAUUGUCUUCUUUUAUCAACUCUAUCAUAUUUAUUUGGUAUAAUAAAAGACAAUAUCAGACUGAAUCUUAGAGAAUUGUUUAUAUUAAACUUAUGGUCCUCUGUUUUCUGGUCUAAAAAUAUCGAAAAGUUGUUUUGGUGUUAUGCGUUAAAAGAUACUCUCCUUUAUUUGAUGUAAUAGGUGACACAAACUUAUUGGCAUAAUAAUGUGUUGAGAAGGAUGUGUUUUUAAUAUUGAACUACAAAUUAGGUUCGUUGAUUCUUUUUGAAGGCUACCAAACAAAUCAAGAAACUAAAUCUGCACUAAAAGCCUUUUAUCAAAAAAAAAAAAAAAAACUAAAUCUGCACGGCGGAGAAAUUCCUGUCCUCUGCAGUGUUUAAAUUAAACGGCACUACUCUCGAUUGUAGAGAAUUUUCUGAUCUACUUGUUGAUUUAUUUUUGUUUUUAUCUGUUUCAAAUAGAAAUCUGAAAAUACUUCACGGUUACCCUAAAAUGAAUAUGUGAAGCGACACAAUCUAUCUUUUCAAAAGCCGUACUAAAAGAACUUCAAGAAUAUUAUGUCAGGUCGUCAACAAAAUGUUUGGAUUGACUUAUAUGUCAUGUUGAAAACUAAACUUGAAAAUCUCAAAAUUUUAAUUAGUAUCAACGUGACAUUUUUUCAAAAGAAAUUAUUAAAUGUAUGGAACAUUUUUGGUUAGGGAGGCUUUAUCAUGUCUUGUUUCUUUUUGCAGUGAUAUAGAGAGACCGACUUUACACGUUUCCAAUACUGUAUAGUAUGAUAAUAUAUUAAUAGCUUAUUGACAUAUUAAAACAAAUAAAGACCAGUGGACUUGGUAAAUUUUAUAUUAUUAAAGAAAUUGUCACCACAACGAAGAAAGUGUGAUGAAAAAUGAAAGAUAAACUUUAGUUUAAAUGUAUAAAUAUUGUGACACCUCUCCCCACAUUGUUAUUUAAAUGAUACUAAUUUUGUGUGGCUUACAGAUGUGAGAUUCUUGUUCAUCCGUGCUGUGUAAAUCUGUCUUUCUCAUGCUUUUAGCUAAUGGACCGACUUUGCAUCUCACCCAUAUGUUAAAAUAUACCUGAAAUUAUAUAAUUAAGUACAAAUAUAUAUAAAACAGAUAACUCAGGCAUAUUUCUUUGAUUCCGAUCAAUCAAAGAAACAUUUUUACGCAAAAAGAAAGAUAGAAAAAAAAAGAAGAUAGAAAUGAGUAUGCAUAACUGACCUUAUAUAUCAAUUAAUAUAUUAUUUAUUCCAAUGUUUUUAUCAUUCAUUUUGUUCCCUUAUAGAAAGAGAGAAAGAAAGAGGGAGAGAGUCAGAGACCAAUGGGAGGCAGGGUCGAUAGUCAUUAUCCUACUUUAUUUUUUGACACUCAAGUCUUCUCGUUUGUUUAAUAUGAAAUCAAUCGUAAUUGCUAACACUAUCAUAGAAUUUGUAGACAGCUUCAGGCUAACCCAAAACGUUUAUUUAUGUGUUUAUGAUAUAUAUAGAUAUAUAAAGAGCGCCAUGUAUAUGCACAUGAAACGUUAAUGAUGGUUAGGCAAGUUUUACGGCUCUAUAUCUACACUUAUCAGAUAUAGUAAAAGUACAAAAGUUAGAAACGAACGACAAUUUUCAUAAUUGACCUUAUAUAUCAAUAAAUCUGUUAUUUUCACAAGUAUUCUAAUGUUUUUAUCAUUCAUUUGUUUCUUUAGAGAGAGAGAGUCAGAGAGACCAAUGGAUUUGCAAUGUUAUUUUAUUUGAUCUUAACGUUCUAGCGGCAAAAACCGCAGGUCGCUUGCAAUACUCAUUAUCAUUAGUCAUUAUCGUAAUUACUAGUAUUAUUAUAAUAUUUUUUAGACGACUUCUGGCAAACACAAAACCUUUGUUUAUGUUUUAUGCUAUUCUAUAUAAACAGUACCAUGUCCAUGUGUACACACGUGAAACGUUAACGAUGAUUAGGUAAAACUUACGGGUAUACACAUCAAAUUUAUUGACUGAAACAUCAUCAAUGACAGAGAUCAAGCGAACAACUUUUUGGUAAAAAAAAUAGCUGGAAAGCAAUAUAUUACCAAGAAUUAAUUAAAACAAAACUCAUAGGGACUAAAUUAAUCACACGAUAAAAAGAGAGACUAAAUUUUGAUUAAUAAAUAGUUUGAGGGUUGCUGCAACAGAGAAAUAUUUAAAUAGUAAAACGGUCCAUGGGGGGUGGUGGUUGCCGGAAGAGAUCACCGACAGUGGACCUACCCAAACCAAAACAAAACACGGCUCAGAGUUGCAACAAAAUUACAAGAAUACCAUUGUCUGUUCCGCGUGAGCGUGACCUGUCCUCUCGUACGCAAAUAAGUACCACGAAAAUUGCUAUAAUUAGAAAACACGGAAACAGAAAAUCACAAUCUGUUACUUAUAAUAAAACCAAACCAAACAAACAUCUCUCAUCUUCGGCCUUUCUCUAUCGUCUCUUCUUCUUCUCCAAUCUCUGGAUCUUGAGCAUCGUUAGGGUUUUGUGUGAUUCCAAGAAUUGCCAUUUUCGAAAGGGUUUUUGAAUCUGAGGAAGACGAUAAGGUUGUUGAGCUGUAUUUUCAUCUGGGUCGGUCCAAAGUUCUCACCUUUAUACUAAUUGUCUGCUCAGAACGAUGCAACAAGGUCACGUGAA